AUGUCUGUCAUCAAAGAGAAGCAACACAGCGAAGAGUAUCCCGAAAAGAACCAGGUUCUUGCUGAGCUGGGCGAUGUCAUCGCUACCGGGGAGCCUCUUGCUCCGGAGGAGGAUAAGCGUAUCUUGCGCAAGAUAGACUUGAAUCUACUCCCAAUCAUGGGCAUCUCAUACAUGUGCCAGUUCCUGGACAAGUCAGCUCUAGGCUACACUGCGAUCAUGGGUUUGCAGAAUGAUCUGGGCCUUUCUGGGGGACAAUACAGCUGGGCCAGUGGAAUCUACUACUUUGGGUAUCUGGCUGCAUCGUACCCUGCCGCUGCCUUGAUGGUGCGAUUUCCUGUUGCUCGCACCAUCGCCAUCUCUGUUAUCGUCUGGGGUGCGAUCCUCAUGCUUACAGCUACAUGCUUUAAUGCUGAAAGCUUACUUGCCAUACGCUUCUUCCUCGGUGCGACUGAAGCUACGAUCGGGCCAGGUUUGACAGUUAUCGUGGCCAUGUGGUACAAGAGAUCUGAACAGCCUUUGAGGCACGGAGCCUGGUUCAUGGGAAAUGUUAUUGCUGGUAUAUUUGGUGGUAUACUGGCAUACGGUAUCGGACACGUCCGUAGUAUCGAGCCCUGGAAGGCGGUCUUCCUUGCAUUUGGGGCCCUCACGAUUGCCUGGUCCGUUGGUAUCUACUUUCUCCUACCAAGCGAACCGUCGACUGCACGCUUUCUCAGCACAACCGAUAGAGCAAAGGCCAUUGAUCGCGUGCGCAAAAACAUGACUGGUAUCAAAGACAAUACAUGGAAGUGGUCUCAGUCGGUCGAGGCUCUUCUCGAUGUCAAGAUAUGGCUUCUCGUUGCGAUCCAGCUUGCGCAGAAUGUCGCAAACGGUGGUCUUCAUGGCUUUGGCUCGAUUAUCAUCAAGGGCAUGGGAUUUUCAACACUGAAUACACUACUUGUCCAGAUGCUCGGCCAAGUAUUCCAAGGUGUUUUCGUCAUCAUCGGGACCGCCGGCAGUACCUACUUUCACAACACCCGCACAUACUUCAUGGCAUGGAAUCUUGCCGUCGCUCUCGUAGGCGCAGUCAUGAUUCGCGAGAUUCAAUCGUCCCAUAUCUGGGCACGCUUUAUGGGUUACUGCCUCUGUAUUGCCUUCUCGGCGAACUUCCCGAUGGUUCUGAGCAUGUCAAGCGGUAACAUUGGCGGGUUCACAAAGAAGAACACUGCAAACGCAAUGAUCUUUAUUGCCUAUUGUGCAGGCAACAUCAUCGGUCCGCAGCUGUUCUUUGCCAACGAGGCACCCAGCUAUCCAUCAGGUUUCCUUGCGAUGAUGGUUUGUUGCGGAGCAGCCUUUGUCUUAUGCUUCAUUCUAAGGAUCUUCCUGAUCUCGGAAAACCGAAAGCGAGAUCGCGAGACCGGCCUUGAAGGCCUGUCAGGCGAUGAGGCUGGGGACCUGAAUUAUGCAGAUCUGACCGACAAAGAGAUGAGGGCCUUCCGCUAUGUGUAUUAG